GACGUGGUGGAGGGCGUGCGGCUUGUCGUGUCGGGGGUGCCGGCCUCAAAGGUGUCGGCCCUCUAUAACACGAAGGAUGGUCAGCGGCUGCUGAUGCAGAGCUUCAGUGCCAACGGGGAUGCGCAGGCCGUUCUUUGGGUUCCGAAAGCAGCCUCGCCCGCGCUGGCUGUGCAGCUGCGGGAGUUGGCACCCGGCAAGAUCGUCGUGAUCGAGGAGGAGGAGGAUGAGGAAGACGGCACGUGGAUGGACGGAGAUGCCGAGGACUCUUUGGAGGCGGAGCGCACCGACGCAGAUGUCGCGACAGACACCAUGUCAGCCGAGAACCACGAAGAGCAAGAAGAGGAGGACGAAGAGGGCAUCCAGGAGGAGGAGGAGGAGGCCGAAGAGGAGAUGCACCAGGAGGCAGAAUCGGAGGAGGAGCAGGAGGAGGCAGUGCUGCCGAUUGAG